GAUAGACCGACAAAGUAGUUGGCAAAGAGAACGGGUGGGUGGCAAAACGGCUCUUAUCACUAAACAUUCACCGACAGACUGACUGAUUGUUGAAAUUAUUGUUGCUCACUAAAAAUUCACAAUAAACACAACAACAACAACAACAACAGCUAAAACUUUCCCACGUUUUAAUAAGUAAUACAAAGCAAGGUGACGUAGUUUACUAUUUGUAUGACUUAACCUGACAAUAAACAUCAGUGAUACAAAAGUUGUUUUACACAUACUAAGUAUUAAAUUCAACAUCUUAAACAUAGUAGUAAGAACAGUAGAAACAGAUUCUAGUUUUAGUAGUUUUUUUUUUGUACAUAUAACUAAAAAACUCCCAAGCUCUCAUAGUUACUCCUUUUUCUUUUUCCUCCACCAUAUUCGAUGUCGGAAAAUAUGGCACAGAAAAGAACACUAAUCUAUUGUUGGAUAUUAACAUUUGUGUCACUGGUGAACUUCCAGACAUCUAUAUGUGAAGAGCAUAUUCCUCUGAAAUGCUACGGCACCCCUGCUGAUCUGGUAUUUGUUGUGGAUUCCUCAUCAAGUAUCUGGCCCAGUAAUUUCACGAAACAAUUGGAAUUUAUACAGUACAUGAUUGACAGAUUAGAUGUCGGUAUGAACAAAUUACAGGUGAGAGUUGGAAUUGUGACUUUUAGUGACUGGGCUAUGGUCAAUGCCUACCUUAUGCAGUCCAGAGAUAAGUCGGUGUUGAAAUGGAAAAUUGGUUUGAUUAAACAGAUCCAAGGUAGAACUAACAUUGCAAACGCACUAAAUACUCUGGUUAGCCGAGUAUAUAAAGCAGAAAAUGGAGCCAGACUCGGAGUGAAAAGGAUUGCAAUUUUAUUAACAGAUGGAAUAUCUCAGACACAUAAAACGGCGGCAUUAGUAGCAAAACGCUGUCGAAAAGAAAACAUAGAAAUAUUUGCUAUUGGGAUCGGAAACCGUAUCAGAUACGACGAAUUAAGUGAGCUUGUUAGUAGACCUAGGUGGAAAUACUUGAUCCAUGCCCCAAGUUAUGAGGAUCUUAAUAGGAUCAAAAAUGUCAUCAUUCGUAAAACAUGCCGAAACCUAUGUCGAAAUAUUAUGGCUGAUGUCUAUUUUCUAAUGGAUUCUUCUUCGAGCAUUCGAAAAACUGAUUUCAGAAAGCAACUGCAUAUUUUAAGAAAAGUUAUAUCCAAAUUUCAGCUAGGAUCUAACAAAACACGUGUUGCCGUAUCAUUUUUUACUCACCAAUUCCUUCCUGUAUGGAAACUGAACGACUUACAAGAUAAAUCAGCGAUUCUAAGACGUAUUAAAUCCCUAAAGUACCUGGAAGGCGCCACAAAAACUGGUUAUGCUCUUUACAAAGUAAGAACACAAGGCUUUAUAUGGCAAAAUCAGCAAAAUGCUGAUCAAAUUUUAAUUGUAUUUACCGACGGUCAGUCGAGUGAUUACAAACGGACGAGAUACGAGGCAAAAUUAUUGAAGCGAAGAGGAGUUAAGAUAUUCGUCGUUGGAAUUGGUCCCUACGUUGAUAAGGAAGAGCUGAAUAGCAUCGCAAGUACACCGUCCAUAGAAUAUGUGCAUACUUUUGAUAGUUUUAACUCUUUAUCAAUGACCAGCGGAAUUCUGAAUGUAAAAGCAUGUUCAGCAGUGAAACAGAUGUUUUUUAAUGACCAAAAUGUUUGCAACAAAACUCAAGAAACAGAUUUGAUGUUCGUAGUCAAUAACCAUUUGAUAGGAUAUAAUAAGACAGAGAAAAUUGUGAAUGUAGUUGCUGAGAUUAUCGACCUUCUCGGUAACGAAUCGCCCAUCCGCACUGGAAUGAUGUACGAUGACUGUGAAACAAAAGAAGAUAUUCCCCUCGGUUCUUUACAAGAAAAAACAGCUUUCAUUCAGAGAAUAGAUAAAAUAAAGUUUAAUAGUUUUGCGGGGAUGAUUAGAAAACUCCGAUUAAAUGUUUUUCCGGUGGAAGACAUAAAGACAAAGAAUUCAUCUCGGCGAAUCGGCUUUCUUUUCCUGGAUGAAGUGUCAAAUAUAAACGACUUCAACGUCAUUAGAGAAGUGAAACGAAGUUUAGGCAAUGGUAUUCAGUUAUACGUUGUUGUGAUCGGUGACAGAGUCGAUAUUUCUACCAUUGAACGUAACAUAGCUCCACGGGAACGAAUUAUUAUAAUACCAUCAUACAACGAUCUAAAGUCACUGUUGCCUUCAAAAUUUACUGAAAAACUUUGCCGCUUAAAAGAAUCUUCGCAACACUCGCAACUUGCAAGCACUUGAAAUUUGAUAAGAGUUAUAUUUUUAUUCAGUGACCAAUUUAUUUACCAAAAUAUCGUCUGGUUUCCUUUUGCCACAAAAUAAUAUGAAAACUUUAAUGUGUGUAUUCCAUUGAAACAAAAAAUAUUUAUUUCUAGUUAUUUAAAACGCAAUCAAUAAUUAAAGAUAACAGUUGCAAUAUAUUAUUUAUUGCAAAAAGAACUUGUUUAUUGGCAUCGUGAAGUAUGUUGUCCGUUCCAUUGUGUUCCAUAUGUCAUUUUCCUCCUAUGUCAGAACAAUUCAGGUUAUAAUACUACUUUAUUCGCUUAAGGAAAAAUUUCCACUUGCAAAUAAUAUUUAUUUUUCUUGUAAGAUAUUUUUUUUUCUCGUUAAAGCCGAUUUCUGUUUAAAUUAAACGAUAGAGGGGCAGUUUGAUGGCUAAAGUGGUUAUCCAAGAUUAGGUAAAAACUAUUUUAAGGCUCAGAGCAAUAAUAACAAUAUGUUGGAAAUUUCUUAUCAUCAUAAAACAACUAUAACUGCAAACUAUGACACAUAAAAUUCAUACCGUCAGAUUCUACUUUAUCAUAUCGCUUGAAAACACGUUCAUAUUCUAGUUUUGCAGAAUAUGAUAUUAUAGACCUCACAAUAGUUUAGAACAAUAAGUUUUAGUAACAUGUAAUCAUUAUAUAACUAGAAAAUAUUUUAAAAUGAACUACUCAAUGAAACACGCGAUAUAUGAAAACGUAGCUGUUGCUAUUGUGGAGAUAUUUUAUUAGAUAUUAAAUAAUGAUACAGCAUUAUAAAUAAAACACUGCACUGAAAAUGUUCAUAUAUCAAUAACAAUCAUCCUUUCACAAAUUACUGGGCCUUCAUAAAUUUUUGUAAUAAACAUGACUACGUAAAUACACACACACACACACACAAUUUUAUUAACGCCGGAAAAUCUUCCCAGAGUUUCACGUGACUGUUCGUCAGUCGUGAUACAACAGAAUAAUUAUUCUGCUUUAUCGCAACUGUUUGACGAAUAAUUAAAAAAUAGCAUUUUGCUCUACCUUUUUGGUAUUUCAGUGCUAUUUCCCCCACCUUGUUUUGUGCUUAUGAGCUUGCUUGUGGGUAUGACAGAUGUCUGGAUGUCAAUAUGUUAAUAUUUUCCUUUCUUGUUACACUUUUUAGAUAUAGUAUAAUUAUUUGGCAAAUGCCAAAUACGUUUGAGUGUAUAGCUACAGAUAUAUAUGUACUUAUACAAAAUAUAAAAUUUGGCUUUGCUAUCAUCAGGUGUUUCAGAGUUUCAUCCCACUGCGCGGUAAUUUGGGCAAAUAUCUUCUAGACCUGUACGGAAACCCAUUAUGCAUGAAACA